AUGGAGCGCGCCCAGGGCAACGCCCUCCCCAUCGAGUUCCGCACUCUCUCCAUUCACGUCACCGAGACCCACCGCUCCAACAAGGGAGGAACCACCAGCGCUUUCGGGUCCAAGGGCAAGUCCAAGUCUAAAGCCCCCAAGGAUGAAGGCAUCACCUCCGAGACCGAUUUCUUUGCGACCGUCGAUUUCCACAAGCUGACCCCUGCCGAGAUCAACCUUCGCUUCAACUCAAAUGAGGCCCUGGGCCUUGAACAGGUCGAGGCUGAGCGUCGUCUGAAGACCAACGGGCCAAAUACUUUGGUAUCUCGCAAGCCUAAUUAUGUCAAGAAGAUCUUUGGUUAUGUCUUCGGAGGGUUCUGUUCGGUCCUAUGGAUUGGUGUUAUCACCUUCUUUAUCUGCUGGGCCCCGAUUCUGCAGCCUGACCCUAUUCCUACCAACCUCGCCCUUGCCAUCCUUGUCAUGUUUGUUAUUCUGCUCCAAGCCAGUUUCUCUGCCUUCCAAGACUUUUCAACCGCCAAGGUCAUGUCCUCCAUCCUCGACAUGAUCCCCGCCGACUGCAUGGUCUACCGCGACGGCCAACUCAUCAAGAUCCCCGCAUCAACUCUCGUCGUCGGUGACCGCGUCCACCUCUCACUCGGCAACAAAGUCCCUGCCGAUCUGCGUCUCGUUCAAGCCUCAAACGACACCCGAUUCGACCGUGCCGUCCUCACCGGUGAAUCUGAAGCCAUUGAAGCUGCCACAGCCUCGACCGACGACAACUUUUUGGAGUCCAAGAACAUUGCCUUUAUGGGUACUCAUAUCGUCCAAGGAUCGUGUGUCGGUGUUGUCAUCUUGAAGGGUAACGAUACCUUGAUGGGCCGCAUCAACAAGCUGACGACGGGUCGCAAGGAGAAGCCGACGAUUAUCCAGCAGGAGAUUAGUCGUUUCGUUCUGAUUAUUGUCGGCCUUACUGUCCUGCUUGCGGCUAUAAUCUUUGUCGUCUGGAUCUCGUGGCUUCAUCCAAAGUACCCGGACUUUAUGCCUACCCAGGUCAUGCUCGUCACCCUCAUGGGCUGUGUUGUUGCUUUUAUCCCUGAAGGAAUGCCUGCGUGUGUCUCGUUGACGCUGAUGAUGAUCGCCCGCCGCAUGCGCUCCAAUAAUAUCCUUCCCAAGGCCCUAACCACCGUCGAAACCCUCGGCUGCGUCAAUGUCAUCUGCUCCGACAAGACAGGAACCUUGACCGAGAACAAGAUGUUUGUCACCAACUUUGCCUUCCUCGACAAUGAGUCCACCCCUGAAGAGGCCCGCAGCCGUCUUGAGAAGGAAACCCGGCCCAACUCCCUCCCUCACCCCGACGACUCAGCCUCAAUCCUUGCCCUCCGUCAACUCCAGCUGGCGACUCUUCUAUGCAACAAUGCCAAGUUUGACACCGACACCCUCAACCUCCCCAUUACCGAGCGCAAGAUCCAUGGUGAUGCGACUGAUAGUGCUCUUUUGCGGUUUGGUUCUCAGUUUGCGGAUGCUUCGCUUUUGGAGUCAUGCUUUGAGCGGACUCAGGAGAUCCCUUUCAACUCGCGCAACAAGUGGAUGAUGGCUGUCUAUCAAGGAUCGGCACAAAAUCCCCAACCCAUCAAGACUCUCUUUGGUUCCGACAUGAUGAGCGCCAGCAUCACUGGAAACGAGAAGGAUUCCCAGCUGGUUCUCGUCAAGGGCGCCCCCGAUGUCCUCCUGCCCUACUGUACUUCCUUCCUCUCUGGUGCCUCCAACACCCCCCAGAACCUGUCAUCUGAAUGGAUUGCUGAACUCUCUCGGAUCCAGAUGACUUGGUCUCGCCGCGGUCAGCGUGUCUUGAUGCUCUGCAAGGGCCGCUUCGUUCCUUACUUCGCUAAAUCUGCUACUGGUUCUUCUGGCUCUGGUCUCCAGGAAGAGUUGACUCGUCAGGGUCUUCAGGAGCUCUGCAUUGUUGGUCUUGUCGGAAUCAUGGACCCCCCUCGCCCCGAGAUCAAGGACACGAUUGCUGCCUGCCGCGGUGCCGGUGCUCGCUUCUUCAUGGUCACUGGAGAUUUCGGACUCACUGCUGCUGCGAUCGCCGCACAGAUCGGUCUCUUCUCCUCUGAGCGCGAACCUGAUACCUACGAGGACAUCGUUGACCCUACCCGUAAGGGCUACAGAAUCAACUCUGAAGGCAACUUUGACGAUCUCGGAGAGUAUGAGCUCGGCCGCCCCCAGUUCCGUGAAGGUUCUUCGUUGGUCUUGACUGGCUCAGAUAUUACCAAGAUGAGCCCCGGCGAAUGGAACCUUGUCUGCGCCUACGAGGAGAUUGUCUUUGCCCGCACCUCGCCCGAACAAAAGCUCAAGAUCGUUACCGAGUUCCAGCAGCGCGACGGUGUGGUUGCCGUAACAGGUGACGGUGUCAACGAUGCCCCCGCCCUCAAGGCCGCUGAUGUCGGUGUCGCUGUCGUUUCUGGUUCCGAUGUCGCCAUUGAAGCCGCCGACUUGAUCCUCCUCGGAGGAUUCGACUCUAUCCCUGUCGCCAUGCGUCUCGGUCGCUUGGUCUUCCAGAACUUGCAAAAAGUCAUCGGGUACCUCCUCCCCGCUGGCUCCUGGUCCGAAAUCUUCCCCGUCCUCAUCAACACCUUCCUCGGCACGCCUCUCUCGUUGUCCUCCUUCCUCAUGAUCAUCAUCUGCUGCUUCACCGACUCCUUCCCUUGCACAGCCCUGGUCAUGGAACAACAAGAAUUCAACCUCCUCGCCCUCCCCCCGCGCAACGCCAAGAAGGAGCAUCUCAUCACCGGUCGCAUCUACCUCCAAUCUUACAUUUUCAUCGGCUCCGUCAUGACCUUCUUCUCCAACAUGCUCUUCUACAUGUACAUCAAAGAAUACACUGGCGUCCCCUUCAAAGACCUUGUCUUCACCUUCGGAUCCCCCAACUUCCAGAACCGCUUCGAACACAUCGACGACGCCACCUUCAACAACUACUACGUCAACACCGGCCAAUGUGUCACCUUUGUCGCCUUGGUGAUUAUGCAAUGGGGUAACAUCCUCUCGAUCCGUAACCGUCGUCUGUCGAUCCUCCAGGCUGAUCCUAUCCGUGCCGAGCGCAGGAACUUGUGGUUGUUUGCCGGUAUGUUGGCCGCCUUGUUGAUGGCUAUCCUUGUCACGGAGGUGCCCUGGAUCAAUCAGGUCAUGUUGACCAACCCGGUUCCUAUCAAGUACUGGCUUUUGCCUAUCCCUUGCGCUGUCGCAGUGUUGUUGUUGGAUGAGAUCCGUAAAGCUGCUGUUCGCGCCUUCCCCAAGAGCAUCAUUGCCACCCUCGCUUGGUAA